GCAUUUUAUCAAUGUUUCUUUCAGAGCUGAGCAAUUCGCGAAGGCUUUACCCAGACCCUGACGCAUUAAAGUUACCAAGAUCCUCUGGAUGAAUUUUCAUUCACGCUGUCCAAUUCUGCCUCUUUUUGAAUGGAAGUUUCUGAGUCAAAAGCACUUGGUUCAUGCAGAAGAAAAGAAUGGGUACAUCUCAGACAUCUGGUCAAGUAUGCCCCCAAAAUGUAAAAGAUUUAGAAGAGGACAUCAAGGGACACACUUCUGAGACUGUGUUUCAUCAGACUAGGACAUUAGGGAAAUUGAAGGAAAAUGGAGAUGAGAAUAUAACUGCUUCUAUAAAUGGAAAACAGAAUUCCUCUUUUCUUGUCAAAAAUGAGAAACAAGCUCCAUCUGACAGCACCAUACACAAGAGUAUGGAGAAUGGUUACACUCCUCCGGCCAUCUCUCCUCAACUAGAGGAAGUCUUACCAGUGGCCAUGUUUAAUGACCGUGAAAAAUCGUUACCAGGGAAAAUUACAACAGAGGAUUUCCCAAACACUGUAGAAGUCUUAAAGCCAGCCAAAGGCAAAUUUAUUAGAGAAGUCAAAUGUGGUGCUUUCAAUGUACACGUGGAAACCACAAAAAGCAUUUUCUGUAAAACAGGAGCACAGAACCUCACAAAAAGGAGAUGUCCAACAUGUCACCAACAUUAUUCUGUCCAGCAAGUAUGGAGAGGCUCCAAAUCUCGGGGUCACUUCUCUAAACACAGGACUGUACUGGCAGAAGAAUUUAAACGUAGGGUUCCAUCUACAUACAGAAGAGGGGUUUCUAGAAGUGAGGUACCUUCAGUGAACAUAAGCAUUGUAGGAAAAGAAAUUAUGGUUGAAUACAUAAGUAAAAAACAGAAUACAUUCAUCAAUAUAUGUCAUCCUAAUAGCAUAGGAAAAUUGACAAAACAUAGAAGAGGCCCCUUGAAACACACCACGGAUGAACCCUGUGAGUCUGCUUCACAGCCUGGCAUAAAUCACCCUGAAAAUCAGAGGCUUGAAAAUCAGCACCAGAGUUCAGAUGCUUUUCAUGAUGCUCCCUGUAGUGUUAAUGCUGUCCAGAAAGAGAAUUCAGACACAAUUGUGGUUUCCCUAAGCUCACCUCCCAGGAGAGAGAAAGAGAAACCCAACACACUGCCUUCAGCCCCAGAUGACUCUGAAGAGGGAGAGUCUGCUACCUCUCCGCAGAAGGUCUUACAAAUUACUCAAGACAAGCCCCUAGAGCAGCAUUGCUUCACAGCUGACUCUUGCCUUCCUACCUCAUCUGAAACCUUAAGGACCACGAGUUUAAAUAAUGUGGAUUUAAGUAAAAUGUCUUUGGAGGAUUCUAGGGAUGUGGAUGAAGAGAGAAAAAACAGUUCUGAUGUCAGGGAAAAUAUCACCCCAGAUUCCCAAGUACAGCCAUGCACAGCAGGAACAAAUGGUCCCCUAAGUGCUGUGAAUAGCAUAAUUCCCAUUCAAGAUGCCUCAGGCUCUGAGUUUUCUCCUUUGUCUUUUUUAACCUUGCAGCUCUUGGGAGCAAAAGCAGACAACAUGGGCUGCAGAGGUGAGGAAACUCUACCAGGAGAAGGACAUGAGAGCUCAAAUUCCCUAUUGUUUCCUGUCAGUGAACAAGCUGCAAAACCUUCUCCUUUACUCAGUCCGUCCCACAGGGUCAGCAGAUGUUCAGAACCUGUAGAGACUACUGGGAACACAUUUUCCUUUAGUCAAUAUAUUGGGGUUGAGAGAGAGCAAGAGAAAGUACAUUACAGACUUAUUAACAAGGCUAGUUUACAUAACGACUCCUCUUCUAACAUACAACCAUUAGAAAGGAAGGACCCACAGAGUCCAGCUGUCACGAUUGCAUCCUGCAGCAUUCUAGUUCCGAAGAGCCCACUUCAUGGCAAUAUUCACAGCUCUGUGGAAUGGAAUCAAACAGAGGACCAUGCAAAUCAUGCAGAGAGGGCAGGCCUCAGCAGAAUGGAAGUGCCAGUCAUGGCCUCCAUAACUAAUGAGUUAGAGCAGAGCCUCGCUACUCAAAACUACAAAGAAAGCACAGUUGAUUCUAACUCUCCCAUGGCAAUAAGAAACCCUAGAGAGUCGACCAGCUAUCUGGAAAAUGUUGGAGAUGACGCAAGCCAGGCACUACCAGUGGUGAAGAAUAUGUGCCACAGAAAUUUUGAAGACUUAACUAGAGAGAAUCAAAAUGAAAUCUGUUCUCAAAUGGACUUUCUGCAAAAUUCCUCUGAGUCCACCUCUGUAGGACACACUACAGAAAAGCUGUUUCUUAUUGAUAAGACACUAGCCAGUGAUGACGAUUCAAACAGUAACAGAGACCACAAAACCUGUGGACUGAACAACUUCCAACAGGAGCCAGCAGAGUGCCAAAGGACUACAUCAAGAGUGUACUGUGAGGAAAGUGGAAACCAAAGGUACCCCACAGAAGUUUCCUGCCACCCUGUGGACAUACUGUUGUCACCUCAGAAGCAGAAGGCUCUAAAAGACCAGAAUUUGGAGAUCAAUAACCCCCGAAAGCUAUCCCAGGAACUGGCCCUAAGAGGUGGAAGAGCCAGUGAUGGUUCCCAGGAAGAAGCAAUAGAGCAGUGGGCUAGGCGGAGGCAGCAGUUCAAGGAUGGCAAGAGAUGCAGCUCAGCUGGGGGCAGUUCUGUCAUCAGCAACUUCACUGAAGGCUCAAUCACUUCAGAUGAUGUUCAUUCUGUGGAUUUUGGCUUUCGAGUUGAUAUCGAAGAAAAAGGAUUCUACACGGAGAAUUUCCACUCAACAGCAUGGGUUUUCCGAGGCGAUGAUGGAAAUCCUGAAGACAGCCCCAGGUGUCUUAGUAAAAAGCCAAGACCAGUAGCUGUUCGUGAGCGGACUGUGAGACUAUUCAAAGGAACUGGCGAUUAUCCCUGGGGAUUUCGGAUUCAGUUCUCCAAACCAAUCGUAGUAACUGAAGUGGAUACCAAUAGUGCUGCUGAGGAAGCUGGACUCCAGAUUGGAGACGUGGUGCUGUCUGUCAAUGGCACUGAGGUCACCAGUGUUGAGCAUGCAGAAGCUGUGCACCUUGCAAAGAAAGGUCUAGACAUCCUGACUAUGGUGGUAGCAUCCGACAUCAGCCGCUGUCCCAAUACCCCGUGGCCCACCUGCCGUGGUUACCUGCAUAAGAGGACUCACUCAGGUUUUGUGAAGGGCUGGAGGAAGAGGUGGUUUGUGUUGAAGCAUGAUGGCUUUCUCCUCUAUUACAAGCACAGAAAGGAUGAAGGGAAGUGGCCACCUCUAGACAUGAUAAAAUUAGAAGGAGCAGAAGUUGACAUUGACAACAGCUUGGGAAAACCAUUUGUAUUUAACUGUAUGCCUCAGUCUGGAAGUAGAAUACUCUGCCUCUGUGCAACCUCAAACCAAGAGAUGAAGAGGUGGCUUGAAGCAAUGCAGAGAGCAGCCCGUCCUGUCCACCAGAACCAUGUCUGGGAAGAUGUCACGGUGCACAACAGUAGCCUCCCACCUCUUGCUAUCAAACACCCUGAGUGUCUGGGCCUUCUGCACCAGCUGGAGAGAAGCACAGAUGUGUGGAUCCAACACUACUGCAUCCUGAAGGAUGGCUGCUUGUACUUCUAUGCUAGCAUUCGCUCUACUCAGGCGUCAGGUGGCCUAUACCUUCAAGGAUACAGUGUGAGUGAACAGACCCAUGGCUUUGAGCAACCAGUGAUUGAACUCAAGCCUUCAUCAGAAGAGUUCAAGACUUUCUAUUUCUGUGCAGAAAAUAAAACAGAGAAUCAGCGCUGGAUUGCAGCUUUGAAAACAUCUAUCAAAAAAUGGCUUCCCCUGGACCAAGCCAUUCAGGAGUUCAUGAGUCGACCUCUAGAGGAGACCAGGAUGUGAAGAAACUCAAAUUAAAAAGCCAGAGUCCACAAGGCUGUUCCCAGCUUGAGGAAAGAAGCAUAGCAUUUCUUUCUGCUGUCCUGAGACACAGGGAUCAAAUGAAUCUAUUCCUUAUGUUUUAAAACUUGGAGCAACUCCCUAAUAUCAGUAUUCAAGUACUGCACUUACAUUAAAGCCUAGGCAGCUUGGCUUACAUUUGCAUCAGCAUAACCUAGUUCCCUACCUUCAGCUCUUGAAAGUAUAAAUAAACAUGUAUUUGUCUUCUUUUUA